ACUUUGAUUGGGUAAAUUAGGGGGAGUGUUGGGGAAUUCCCAGUAGGGCGGAAGCGCUCGAGCUCCCCGCAGAGCCCAGACGGCGGGUGGCCGUAGGGGGUCACGGAGGUGGUUGGGGCCAUGGCUGGGGUCGCGUGCUUGGGAAAAGCUACGGACGCUGAUGAAUGGUGUGACAGCGGCCUGGGCUCUCUGGGUCCGGAUGCAGCGGCUCCCGGAGGUUCGGGGCUGGGAGCAGAAUUGGGCCCAGGGCUGUCGUGGGCGCCCCUCGUCUUUGGCUACGUCACUGAGGACGGGGACACGGCACUGCACUUGGCCGUGAUUCAUCAGCAUGAGCCCUUCCUGGACUUCCUCCUGGGCUUCUCCGCGGGCACUGAGUACCUGGACCUGCAGAACGAUCUAGGCCAAACAGCCCUGCACCUGGCAGCCAUCCUAGGGGAGGCGUCCACGGUGGAGAAGCUGUAUGCAGCCGGUGCGGGGUUGCUGGUGGGGGAGCGCGGGGGCCACACGGCCUUGCACCUGGCCUGUCGCGUGGGGGCACCCGCCUGCGCACGCGCGCUGCUCCAGCCCCGUCCCCGGGAAGCUUCCUACACCUACCUCACACAGAGCCGAGACCACGCCCCCGACACCAGCCACAGCCCUGCUGCCUUGCACCCUGAGCCUGAGUUGGAGAAGGAGGAGGAGGAGAGUGAGGAGGACUGGAAGCUACAGCUGGAGGCUGAGAACUACGAGGGCCACACGCCACUCCAUGUGGCAGUCAUCCACAAAGACGCAGAAAUGGUCCGUGUGCUCCGGGAUGCUGGAGCUGACCUCAACAAACCGGAGCCCACAUGCGGCCGGAGCCCCCUGCACUUGGCAGUGGAGGCGCAAGCGGCCGAUGUGCUGGAGCUUCUCCUGAGGGCAGGUGCCAACCCCACUGCCCGCAUGUACGGGGGCCGCACCCCACUGGGCAGUGCCCUGCUCCGGCACAAUGCCGUCCUUGCCCGCCUCCUCCGCUUACAUGGAGCCCCUGAGCCUGAGGAUGAGGACGAGAAGCCUGGCCCCUGCAGCAGCAGUAGCGACAGCGACAGCGACAGCGACAGCAGAGACGAGGGCGAUGAAUACGAUGAUAUCGUGGUCCACAGUGGCCGGAGCCGAAGCAAGCUACCUCCUGCCCCAGCGUCCAAACCUCUUCCUGAUGACCCUGACCCCAUCUGAUUUUUGUUAAUUGCCAGUUUAAUAAAACCUCCGUUCUGACAAUA